AUGGGACUGAUUCCCCUGAAAUCAUAGCUAUGGAACUACCUCUAUAGCCUAACAUACGAGGUCCUGGAUUUGGACCUGUGGCUCUUGUAGAGGGUGGUGGGGUCAGAAGUCUGAAGAACUAGGAUUCCCUUUCAGGUCUCCUAGGCAACAAGCAGGUGACCAAUCAGAGCUUAAGCCUAGGGCAUAAUUGCAGACAUGCCUAGUAACCAGGGUAAUUGAGAUCAGUGAGAGGGCAAAACAGGAAGAGCAACAAUCAAGAAUAUCUGUCCAACCUACUAAAGAAUCCAUGGCAAACCCGAGAGUGUCCCUGUCCCUGGACGAGGUCAUAAAGAUAGAAGAGAGUUACAAGAGGAUGGUAGCAUUUGAGAAGGCUGUUGAGAGUUGGAAAAAUACAGUAGUUCAGUGCGUAUGGCAGGCAACAAUGAACCAGAGGAGGAACCCAUAUGCCAUCCUGAGAAUGCAAGACAUCAUGGAACAGGAGAUGGCAUUGGCCAACAAGCAGCUGCUAACUGUUCGGCAGGCUGCCUUAAGUCAGCUGUUUGAGGAGGAGCAUCGACAGUACCAGCAGGAGCUAAAUCAAAUGGGCAAAUCCUUCUAUGUGGAAAGGCUCUGAAGGCUUCAGAGGCACUGUCCCUUUUUCUCUAACAGUUCAUACUUCCAGGCUCCCUAAGGCCUAGAAUUUUUUUCCCUAGGAUAAGUCUGGAUCAGGCUAUUUGCCUGCAGCCAGAUUGUCCAUUUCUCAUCUGUAACUUUUUAUUUUUUGGUAAAGAUGAUGCAUUAAAAGGCUAAUGAGGCAAGAGU